AAAAAAAAAAUAUUUUAAAUUUAUUAUAAAUAAUUGGUUUGUUAUCUAUUAUUGCUUUUAAAUUUUUACUCUUUGAUUACGAAUAAAAAUUUUUAAAAGAUGCAAUUUUUAUAUCAAAUUGUUUGGACCAAUGUUUUAGCUUUAAUAUUUUUUACGUCAUCAUAUUAUAAAUUUGAUAUGAAGAGACAUAUGGGAACAAAUUCAUUAUAUCCCAUAUUUACUGAUAAACAACCAGAAUUAAAUUCUCCUCGUAAUUGUAAAUUAGAAAAGUUAUUUUUAAUCGCUAGACAUGGAACAAGAUAUCCCGAAGAUGACGAUAUUGAUAAAUUUGAUGUAUUAGAAAAAGUUUUUCAUGAUGUACCUGGACGUAAAAAGCAUAAGUGGGAAAAUAAAUUUACGUUAUCACAAGAUGCUUUAUUAUAUUUUCGAGGUCAGAAAGAACAUUAUCUAUUGGGAAAACGUUCUUUUAAGAAAUAUCAAAAGUUCUGGAAAAAAGUUAUUCCUUAUGAUCCUUACAUUAUUGAAUUUAGAAGUACAAAAACUUCAAGAACUGGAAUGUCGGGAAAUUCAUAUUCUGUCGGAUUAUUUGAUGGACAUGGAAUUUUAGGUAGAGGAGAUACUCAACCGAUUUAUAUUUAUACCACUUCGCUAUCAAAAGAUUAUGAAUUAGCGAUUCAUCGAUCUUGCCCUCUUUGGAAAGAUACAGUAAAUGAUAAUAACAAAAUUCUAGGAAAACAAGUUUCUCAAUUUACUUCAACAAAUUUAACAGAAAUUACAAAUCGCAUCUCAAAAAAAUAUAAAGUCAAGAAUCUUCAACCAAUUCAUGCGGAUUAUAUUUAUAAAGCAUGUGCAUUUGAUAUUAUAUUUUUUAAUGAACAUAACAGUUGGUGCAAAUUACUUCGUAAAAAAGAUAUUUUGACAUUAGAAUAUUUUAAUGAUAUGAAAAAUUAUUAUCGAUUUUCUUAUGGAAAUGAUUUAAAUAAACGAUUAGCCUGUAAGUUAAUUACUAAAUUGGUAAAUAGUGUUGAGAAGUAUAUGAACGGGACUUCUCCUGUUAAAGCGGAAUUAUUUUUUACUCACUCUGAAACACUCUCAUUCUUAUAUACAAUCUUGGGAUUAUAUAAAGAUUCUAAACCUUUAAUAGCAAAUGUAACUUUAGAUGAAGUUUCUGAUCGAAAAUAUAAAAGUUCAGAAAUUUGCCCAUUUGCUGCAAAUGCAUAUUUUGAAAUCUAUAAUUGCGCCAAUUGCGCCUCCAAUGAAAAUCUUUUCGAAAAAAAAGAAAAAUCCAUUUUAGUUCAAAUAAUUAUCAAUGAGGUUCCGGUUAUUAUCCCAGGAUGUGAUGAAAAGUAUUGCGAAUGGAGUAAAUUUAAAGAAUUAAUGGGUGAUAAUAUAGGUUGUGAUUUUAAAGAAAUUUGUAAGACUGAGAAGUAUUAAGGAAGGAUUCUUUUGUUUAUCAUUAUACAUAUAUUGAUAUAUAAUAAUAUAUAAUAAUAUAUUGAUAUAUAAUAAUAUAUAAUAAUAUAUU